UGUAGUAAAGACGCUUGUCCUUGGACGUGGUUCCUGCUUGUCUAGCUUUUCUUUUUCUUUUUUUUUUUAAAAUCAACUAGAGACGUGUUUUCCCCAUCAUUUGGCCAGCAUGGCUUCAAUAAAGGAAAGAGCUGCGGCGUUGAACCUUGCAGAGAAACUGUGUGUGCGUCCUCAAGCUCAUGGAGUGGCCAGUAAACCAUCACAGUCUCCCUCCUUGUGGAGUGGCCUCAUCUCCCACCUCAGGUGUUCUGUGAAGGUGAAGCGUCGACGGGUACAUCUUAAGUCCCACAGUGACUGUUUCCUGGGCUCAGAGGCCGUUGAUGUGGUGGCAGAACAUAUUAACCACAUCAUGGAUGUAGAGGGUGCCAACGUGUCACGGGACAAAGUGGUGUGUGUGUGCCAGGCUCUGUUGGACUGCAACAUGUUUGAAGCGGUGGGAACCAAAGUAUUUGGAAAAGACAAGAAGCAGGAUGCCUUUCAGGACAGCAAGAGCGCUCUUUACAGGUUUGUAAAUGUGUCCAUGCCUUCAGUGGAUGAGCUGGAGAGAGGUCUGCUUGUGAAUGGGAUCCAAAAACUCUUCUGCAGUGCUCCAUCAGACAGGCAGGAAGAGCAGACAUGUCCCACUGGGUCACAUGUUCAGGUGUCCACCCCUCUCCACUUCACUCAGACAUCUACAAAAGCAAACCAGCGGGACACUCAUGUCACUGGCAGCCUGUCCGUGAAGGCUGCGGUGGACAAUCUGAGUCUGAGUCCCAGCAGAGUGCAGACGGACUCUGUGUUACCACCACCGUUGGUAGAGGAGGUGUGGCAGGAGCAGACCCUGCUCAGGCUGCUAAAUCUGGUGGAGCUCCCCCUCCUGGAAGGAGUACUUCAGUGCAGCCAGCCCGCAUCGUCUCCCCCGCCAUCACACCAGCUGGCUCACAGUAACCCAGACCUGAUCUACAGCAGCAACCACCUGGACAGACAGAUCCUCAAGGCCUUCAGGGAGACUCAGGAAGAUGAAUGGCUGUGUGCAGCUCUGGACUGCCUGGACUUCCUCUCGGAUCAGCCUGUGGUGGAGCUGAGCCGGGAGCUGCCUCACUGUUUCCCUCAAGAUCAGGAGAGCUGUGACCAAGUCCCAGCUGGUAGCCACGACAGUGAUGAGCCUCGUCUCUCCCAGAGCGGCUUGGCCCAGUGUAAGCUGCUGCUGUACAGGACCCUGGUGAAACACUACAGCCACACAGACAGACCUCCGCUGCUGCCGCAACACCUGACUGACAUCGUCACGGCCAUCACUGACCUGCUGGUGAAUGCUAAGUUAGACAAGGCUCUUGAGGCUCUGCAGCUGUGCUUGAAGUUGCUGCCACCCAGCUGCAGAGAUGAGCUGCGCAGGCUGCUUACAUUCAUGUCUCUGGCAGCUGAUCCACAAGGGAUAAAAGUGGAUAAAGAGAUGGAAAACAGAUUAGCAGUGAACAGGUCUUUCUCCAGAGUGAUCAUCAACAGCAAGGCUCUUUCAAAGGAGAAAGAGGACCUGAUUUUGUGCUUCAUGCUCAGCAACAUCAAGGAAAUCUUCAAGAUACCAGGAGCUCUGCACAAAGGAGUGAGUGACAAGCUGGCCAGCCUGGUGCAUGGGACACAGCCCGAUGUGACUGGCUCUUUGUUUAGUCAGCAGGUUUCCAGCAGGAUUUACACUGACUCUACAAAGAAGACCACCAACCAGGAACUACGGGCUCUCUUAAACAGCAUCCAUGGGGACACAAAGAUCUCAGCCAAGGAGAGAAAGCACCGACUCAGACAGUUUAACCAAUCCCACCCAGAGAUAUUUAACCAGUACUUUGGCGACUCUGCUCUUAGUGUGCUGUAGGUUUGUGAAGCCAGUGAUAUAUAGGCCCUUAACCUGUGUGUCUGAUAUCUUCAGCUGUCCAUUUCAGAGGAGGUUUUGACUCUUACAGUUUUGGUUAAUAGCUGGCCACUUAGACACAAGCUAACUGAUUUAAAAUAAAUGUUUGUAAAUGACAUUAUAUCUUAGAAACGUGUAAAGAUACAAAUGGGAAAGACCCCUACAGCAUAAGAUUAAACUUGUAUGCUCGUAUUUGCUUUAUUAUUGAACAAAAUAAAUAAACAGAUGACAUAUU